AUGUAUUCAGAAAUAAUGGAUGAUAGUGAAGAUAAACAGUUAGUGGAACCGGAUUCCUCAGACAAUAAUAAUAAUAAUGAAGAUUUUUAUUCUUUGAAGCUUGUUGAUUUAGAUUCACGUUGUUCACCAUACGAUUUAUUAAGAUUUUCUAACUCAAAUGGUUUAAAUCCUUAUUUUGUUGAUUCAUUUUCAGAAGGUAUUGGUAUAAUUGCUUUUAGAAAAAUGAAUGAUCUCAGAAAAUUUAUUGAAGUAUUAAAUACAACACCUGCUAUACCUCUUUUAAUGGGUGGUUUGACUUUUUUCUCUAUUGACGGUACUGAAAAGAAAGGAAGGAAAAGAAAAAGUGUCAUUGAUGAAAGUAAUUCUUCUAGCAAACAUUUUAAACAAGACUGCUGA